AUGCGCCGCAAUCGCUGUGGCCAGUUGGCUCGUAUUGCGUCUGACGUCCCGUGGUGGCCGGUGGGCGAUCCGAUGGCACGUGAUGCAGACACGGUGACUCCUUGGCUAUCCCCUGUUUGUGCUCGACAGUCAAUCUGCAACCAGGUCACGGCGAUCGUUCAGCCCAACUCGAGCGAUGACCUCCGGCUCCUGGAUCUUGACGUUGAGCCGUGUCGUCAGUGGUCAAGCACUGACACAACGGUAGCCGACACUACCGGACCAACCAGAAACCACGUCCAAUGGAUCGCCUCCAGAAAGCGGAAGCCCGUGGUCAUUCCCGAUGACCGAUCCACCAAUGGCCCCUUGUUUGACGAGCAGCCGGGCCAGUUCGAUUCCUUUCCCAGAUUUCCCUUACAUGUCCUGAUCCUACGGACGUUCUAA